GCCCCGGUGCCGCCCCGCCCCGCCGGCAGCCUGGCGCUGGUGCCCGACAUGGCGGCCGCCGCGCAGCUGCUCCGUGGGGCCGCCCGGGGCUCGCCCGCCCUUGCCGCCGCCGCGGGCCGCCGUGCGCUGGGCUCCGCGCCGCCGUGGGGGGCGGCGGGCUGGCGGCGGCGGCGCUCGGCGCUGGCGGCGGCGGCGGGGGCGCUGGGCGGGCUGGGGCUGGCGCUGGGGCUGUGGCGGCGGCGAGCCGCGAUGGCGGCGGGGGAAGGCGGGCCGGGGGCGGCGGCGGAGGAGGAGGUGCGGCGGCUGUGCCAGGGCUUCAUGGCGCCGCCGGUGAGCGGGCCGCAGGAGCUGUGGCGGCGGCGGCGCGACAUGCGGGGCCGCAUGGAGCUGCUGAUCAUGGAGACGCAGGCGGAGGUGUGCCGCGCCCUGGCGGCGCUGGACCGCGGCGCCGCCUUCGCCGUCAACACCUGGGAGAGGAAGGAAGGUGGCGGUGGCAUCAGCUGCGUGCUCCAGGAUGGGCACAUCUUCGAGAAGGCGGGUGUCAACGUAUCCGUAGUGUUCGGGAACCUUUCCGCAGAGGCUGUGCAACAGAUGAAAAGCAGGAAAACGCUGAAGGAUAAAGAUGGGAAACUGCCUUUUUGUGCUAUGGGUGUAAGUUCCGUUAUCCAUCCAAAGAAUCCUCAUGUUCCAACUGUGCAUUUCAACUACAGAUACUUUGAAAUUGAGGAAGCAGAUGGGACUAAACAGUGGUGGUUUGGUGGUGGAACUGACCUCACUCCAACUUACUUGAACAAAGAGGAUGCUGUACACUUUCACAAGACUUUGAAAGAAGCCUGUGAUAAGCAUGAUCCAAAGCUGUAUCCCAAGUACAAGAAAUGGUGCGAUGACUACUUCUAUAUCAAGCACCGUGGUGAGCGAAGAGGGAUUGGAGGCAUAUUCUUUGAUGACCUGGACUCUCCCUCCAAAGAGGAAGUAUUCCAGUUUGUGCAGAGCUGUGCCAAAGCCAUCGUGCCUUGCUACAUUCCCAUCGUGAAGAAGCACUGCCAUGACCCCUUCACACCAGAGGAGAAGCUAUGGCAGCAGCUUCGCAGGGGGCGGUAUGUGGAGUUCAACUUGGUUUAUGACAGAGGUACAAAGUUUGGCCUAGCAACACCAGGAUCAAGAAUUGAAAGCAUUCUUAUGUCUCUGCCACUGACUGCAAGGUGGGAAUACAUGCACACCCCGCCAGAGAAUUCAAGAGAAGCAGAAAUCCUGGAAGUCCUGCGCAAUCCCAAAGACUGGGUGCACUGAUGCAUAUCAUGAAGAAGACCAAAUUACUUAUAUUUAGCCAUUAAGAAAGAAUAAGAACACCACAGACCAGCUGACUCAAACUGCCAUUGCAUGGCAUUUUAAGAUAGCUGUUUAUACCCUUAUCUGGUGCCUUAACAAUGCUGUAGACUUGUCGUAACUUGCAAAUACGUGAAGUAAUUCUUUAAGAGCCAGCUGAAGAGCUCAUGUUGCUACUGCUCCCGGUUGAUGUUGCCUUGUGAAGGACUGGUGAUACGCUCACAGAACUAGUGUGCAUGUUCCAAGAACUUCCUCAACUGAUCUGUCUGACUGCAAAAUGACCUACUGUGAAGUGUUCUCAAGUGAAAUGAAAGCAUUUUCUGCAUCGAAAAAAAAACCCUUUUUCCAGAAUAUGUGCUGAAUGGCAGUGCUUACACUUGGAAAAAGACAGGAUGAUUUGGAAAUAUAUAUUUUUUUAAAGAACAAAGGGUGUAUUUGGUAUCAUUCAAGCCUCCUUAGAAUCUACUUUCAGUUAAGUACCACCUUUUUCACAACUUCCCAAGUAUAUUUUGAUGUCAUCCACACUGACUUGCAGGGGAAAAAAAAAGUGGCGGAGAAACUACUAGGGCUUCUUAUUUUUAAUCUUCCUGAAGAAGUUACACUGGUUGCUUUGUCUUGGGUAUAGUCCAUUGUGCAAAUAUACCUAGGAAAGUUACACAGACAAAAAUGUUAAGCUGUGUUUCACAUCAUUUCAUUUGUCAAGGAAGCAUGUUAUUACAGUGUCUUAUCAAUAUUUAUACUGCAAAAGUCCUCUAAAAUGUAGUAAGACUUGCCUUUGCUUGAACAUGCUUUCUCACCAUAUUGAACUGAAAUAAGGGCUGCCUUCUGAAGGGGAAAUUGGUUCAGCUGCAGCUGAGUGUGAUCCAUCAGCUGAUCUGGGAGAUGAGCCUGUCUCCCCUUUCUCUUCUCCCUGACCUGUGAGAGCAGCCGUUAGGGCAGUAUGCAUUAUGUAUACCCAAAUGGUCAAGAGUGGGCAUUUAUUGUUGAACUGUAAAUGACUGCCUUUAUGAGCAGAGGGAGACAAGUCUGGAGUUAUAAACUCCUUCUUGCAGCUGUUUCAGUCAAAUCAUUAUUUGUGAAUGCUUAAAUCCAGACCAGAUUGUGUUUCUUUUGCUGACACUAAGUAACAUUUUACUGUUAUCAGAGCCUUAUAUAUACCAGCAGGGCUUCUGAAAUAAUGGAGGUUAUAGAUUUACCAGUACCAUAUAUGCAGCCUGUGCUGCUAUCUGAAUGUCUCAUGUAAACAUAAGGUGGUCGUAGUAUGAGUAAACAUGUAGUUUUUAAACCUAGUUCAGUCACAUGAUUGCAGCUUUGUGAGAAUACAGGUUUCAGCCUGCUUUCCUGUGGCUUAGUCUGUAGCAAUAAAAACAAAUCUGAUCUAUACUUAGGGGAGUAUCAGUUGUAGUAAAAGGGUGAAGCUAAUUUAUGCUGCUGCAACUUGUUUGCACAGAAAGUCUUUCAGUGGACUGUCUGUUUAUUCCUUGGAUAUCAGGCCAAUUUGGCCCUCCCACUUAAAAGCCCCAAUUAUAAGGAAUAAAAGGCCCAUCUUUGUUCUAGUGUUA